GAGUCGUCUCUUGCUUAGCAAUUCCAAUGCCGCUAUCCAGCGUGCCACUGCUGUCGCUGGCAGCGCUGGUAGUAAUGCAUUGAGAGCACCAGCUACUACCUCCUCAUCGCCGGCAAUUUCCAAUAGCCAGAAUAUAUCUCGUCGUUGGAAAUCAUUGUUGAUACACACCAACAAACUGCAGCAGUACAAACAACAACGUAGCCAACUCUCCUCAUUCAGUCCGGCUCAGACCUUUAGCGCGCGCUGUAGUCGUGUCAGUAAUAAUUUGUAUGUACCGAAAUAUUGUCGCGCUCUAAGUACCUCCGCCGUAGAUUAUCAAGCAAAAAUGUCGGAAAAUACCUCAAAAUGUUUACAAUUGGAUAAUAUCAAUCCAAAUUUCAUUACUAUGGAAUAUGCUGUGCGUGGUCCAUUGGUGAUAAGGGCUGGUGAAAUUGAAAAAGAACUGAAACAGGGUGUGAAGAAACCUUUUGACUAUGUCAUCCGUGCCAAUAUUGGUGAUUGCCAUGCUAUGGGCCAAAAGCCCAUUACUUUCCUCAGACAGCUUUUGAAUUUGACUUUUGAUCCUGAAUUGUUGAAAUCUCCCAAUUAUCCCGAGGAUGUUAAGGCUCGUGCCAAGGCUGUGCUAGAAGGCUGUCAAGGUUACUCUGUGGGAUCUUAUACUGAUUCUGCUGGUAUUGAAGUUAUUCGCCGUCAGGUAGCCGACUUCAUUGCUGCUCGUGAUGGUGUACCCUGUGAUUGGCAUAACAUUUUCUUGACUGCUGGUGCUUCUCCCGGUAUCAAGAGUGUGUUGGCUUUGUUGAGAUGCAAAGUUGAUGGCAAAGCUCCCGGUAUUAUGGUGCCCAUUCCACAAUAUCCAUUGUAUUCAGCCACCAUUGCUGAAUACGGUAUGACCAAAGUCGAUUACUAUUUGGAAGAAGAGACUGGCUGGAGUUUAUCCACCGCCGAAUUGCAACGUUCUUAUGACGAGGCCAAAAAGACCUGUAAUCCACGUGCCAUUGUUGUCAUUAAUCCUGGCAAUCCUACCGGUCAAGUGCUGACCAGACAAAACAUCGAAGAGAUUAUUAAAUUCGCCCACAAGAACAAAUUGGUCAUUUUGGCCGAUGAAGUAUAUCAAGAUAACAUUUACGAUAAGGAUUCGAAAUUCUUCUCGUUCAAGAAAGUGAUGACUGAAAUGGGUUCACCUUACAGCGAAAUGGAAUUGGCUAGUUUUAUGUCCACAUCUAAGGGUUAUUUGGGUGAAUGUGGUAUUCGUGGUGGUUAUAUGGAAAUCAUUAAUAUGUGCCCAAAAGUUAUGGCUAUGUUGACCAAAUCGAUUACUGCUUCGUUGUGCGGCACCACUGCUGGUCAGGUGGCUGUUAGUGCUUUGGUAAAUCCCCCCAAGCCCGGCGAGCCAUCCUAUGACCUAUAUAUUAAGGAAAGAAAUGGAAUUUUGGGUGCUUUGAAAGAACGCGCCGAAUUGGUACAUAAAACUCUUAGCAGCUUUGAAGGCUACAAGGUCAACAAGGUGCAAGGCGCUAUGUAUGUUUUCCCUCAAGUUGUUAUUCCACCCAAAGCCGUUGAAGCUGCCAAGGCUAAGGGCCUGCCCGCCGAUGUUUUCUAUGCAUCUGAACUUUUGGAAUCAACUGGCAUUUGCAUUGUUGCCGGCAGUGGUUUCGGACAAAAACCCGGUACAUAUCAUUUCCGCAGCACCAUUUUGCCCCAGACCGAUGUAUUGAAGGACAUGAUGAACAAAUUCCAAAAAUUCCAUGCUGAAUUUAUGCAAAAAUACAAAUAAAUUACUGCACACUUCCUGCAA